CCACACGAAGUACGAGAAAGAAGGAAAAGACAAGAUCCACACACACUAGCAGUCCCCCRAAACACCCAAGCGAUGAUUUCCCUUUCGAGCGCGACCCGGCGCGCUGUGGUGUCGUCGACGACGAGACGAAGCAGAACAACACUCGCGGGAUCGGCGUUGUCGGGAUCCCCCAUCUUGUCCGCUACCCCUUCCGCGCAGUAUCUWCGCCGGCCRGCAACCRCCGUGGGCAAGGCUAGCAAGAACAGGUCUCUCUCGUCGUCUUCCGCUCCACCUUCGUCCAAGCCGCCGACGGGUGCCUCCUCCUCGUCGUCUUCCGGCCCGAAUUCSGGGGGCGGCAGCGAAACCCAAAAGACCGGGACCACGGAACUCKUCCCCAACAUGUUGCUUGCGUCGGUCCUGGGUGGUUUCGUUGUCUCGGUCUUUUCGUACUCGAUGAACGCGGUCGGCCGCGGAGACGGAGACGAGGACCCCCUGGCCCAGCUCAAGGCGGAGGCCCAGGAAGCACGAGACCACCGCGACGGCGCGGGGGUCGGUGGCCCCGGCGGACGGAUGACGCCCGAGGAGAUCGAGGCGCUCGAGAGCGGAAUGGGGGCUUCCCUCGACGCGGACGGGGAACGAGUCGUGCUGGACGUGGCCGUGGCGGCUCCCGCCGACAUUGCCGCGAUCGAGGAGGAGGCGAACCUCAGGGUCUUUCGUCAAAAACAACAGCAGGGCGAAGAACCGAAGAAAAAGAAGCCCUGGUGGAGGUUUGGAUUUUGAUGGACACGGCACGGMACGGAACGGAACRCAGGUCGWAUUAAAUUGCACACAUUAUU